GUUGAAAUCCACCUGCAGCUGGAGGUUAUCACCACCUGUUGGCUAACUAGCUAACUAGCUAACUGGCUAACUAGCUGAAAAGCUAACAAGCUAACUGGCUAACACACGAUCUGAGAUCCUAACGUCUGGAGCCGCAGAGGCAAUUGCAUGGAUGUUGUCCCACUUGAUCGAUUGUUAUUGAUUUUACUCGCAGCGUAAACAAGAAUCAAGCAAAGAUGAGCCACAUGUGUGGCAGGGAUUCAUCAACCAAAGAGAAGAAGGCAUCAGAGGCAACAUGUAAAAGGUGUUGCUCAGUGGACAGAUUCGCUGCAGACUGCAAAUGUUUAAUCCCUUGCAAGACCGAUGGGCAGCCAAAAGUAAAACGACUUAAAACUCGCAAGGAGAGGAGCCAGAGGAAAAAAGCAGGGAAAGAGGCUUCAAAGACGAAAUCACAUCACCAUCACUGCCAUAGCCAAACCAGUAAAUGCAGGGAACAUUUCCAUAACUUUUGUCAUGGAAUCCGUAAUUCAAGAAAAGAUGCCCCAUUUUCAAAGGUCCUCAGCGCCACACAGGAGCCCAGCAUCAUCACCGACAGCCGCCUGAUAGGACACCAUGGCCUGUUCAACCACGAGGUGAAGUCCAUUGACAUUCAACGCUUGUUAAGUCGACAGGGGAGGCUGGAGACAGGUGGACAGGAAGCACAAGAAGACAACCAUCCAUCUUUGACACCUCACAUUCCCUCUCCUUUCUCCAGUAAAGAUUUGUUAGAAGCCGGCACUGAUGAGGUUUUGGCGGUUGAGAGGAAAGAAGACGGUGCUGCAAAGACACAGGUUGUUUGCCAGGAAAAAGAGAAGCCAAUCCUUCAUGAAUCAGAUAUAACACCUGGGCAGAGACCACAGCAACAACUUGAUCUUUCAUCUGAAAGCUACAAAACCAUUUUCUCAUCAAAACACAGCUCCCCUGAAGUUAUUAUAAGUGAGGAGGUCAACUCUGUCCUACACGAGAAGGACAGAGAGUUUCAGCUGACUCCCACUGUCGACAGAGACAUUGUGAAGAGGUUGUAUAAGAAGGUAAAGAAGCAAGUGAUUUCUACUCCGAGGAACCAGGAGCCUCCUGCUCAACCGACACACGCUCGUCGUCUCAGACCAAGAUCUCUUCAGCUCUACAGCUCACCCAAGACCAACAGCUCCCUCACACAGCACAGACAACAAGAUCCUGGCUCUAUAUCGAGGUGUGUCUCCGCAGUGGGAGCACGUUUGUGUGACUGUCUGCAGUUCCCACGUCUGAGGAGCAGAAACCUGCUGGCAGAGAGCAGGGAGGUUCUGCUGAAGGCGCUUCAGGAGAGGCAUGGACCCCGGCUUCAGGAGAACCUUCUCUAUCAGCAGCGCCGCCGCCACUCGGAUCGGGACCAGGAGGCAACCAUGACAGAUCAAUUUGAGCUCUCGUCUGCAGAUGCAUUUCAAGCCGACGCGGUUGGUGCGCCAUGUUCGGACACCACAGCUUUGAGAGAAAUGAGAAGCAAGCAUUUUAACCUCAAGUCCAGUCUGCAGCCACAGCAGAGCCCCAAAUGGAAUGCUGACUCAUCGAAGAGCCCUAUGGAUUCUUCCGCCAGGCCUUCGGACGAUAUCCUCGGACUUGGUUCCUCUCCUCAGUUCCGCAUGAACGUUGAACGUGAUUAUUUGUUCCCAUCCUCUCCCACCUCGUGCUGGGGAGACAAAGCCUCAGCAUCUCAGCGAUGGGAUGCUGGUCUCAACAGGACUAACUGCAAAGAGUCAGUCAUUUUUUAUCCCUUUGAUAACAGCAUUAGUGACCACACCGGAGCAUUCAGAGAGAAGAGCUGUGGGCCUCAGUAUAAGGACACUAAGCCCCUCUUUCCUUAUCAAACACAGAUGAUAGAUAGACACUCAGCAGGGCCAAUGCACUUUCCCCAAGACCAACACCCGUUUCAAACUGAACGAUUUUCUUUCCCUCCUUCCUUCUCCUCACAAAUUCACCAUCCUAAUCCGAGCAGUAUUUUCCAGCCUUUUAACCAAUCCAGUCCCGCUUUAACUUGCCCUCCCAUCAGCUCCUACCACACAGACAUGAGCCACUACCCCCCCUCUCACAUGCUAGAAAGAGGCCCAGCACCUUGUCUUUCCUCUUUACCAAGCCCUGAGCUCUGGUCCUUCCCACCUAUGAAAUUGUACUGAUGUGUCACCAAACUCUGCCAAACUUUGCCAAGUUUGACCAGCUAAACAGGAUGUUUAUCUUUUUCACAGACGUUUAAAAUAUUUGUUUGUUUGUGUCUUGGCAUUUUUAGCUUCGAAAGUCAUAACAAUAGUUGUUAUCUCAAGUUUGCUCUUUUAUUCAUUUGUGAUGUUUAAUAGAUAAAGAACCACACGAUUAGGAGUUGUUUGCAUCUCUGGAGCAUUGUUUUAAUUUACAGAGCACGUCUUCAUUAACACAUGUGCUAUAAUUGGAAAUUCUGUACAGAGGAAUAUUAUUUGCAAAGUCUGUGCUAUUGUGACAAUUAUUCAGUUAUUCCUUUUGUAUAUGGGCUGUAUAUUAACAUGCAAGAAAACACUUUGUGCAAUUGUACAAUAGAGAAAAGCCAAGCUUCAAGUAUAGCUAAUAAAAUACACAAAAUAAAGCUAUUCUGAUCACCAGAAGUUAAAUGACAAUGCUGAUUCAUGCUCAUAUAAAAAAAACAAUUUGUUGAUCUACAAUGCAUCACACUGUACAUUCAGAUAUUCUCGUGACCCUCU